AUGGCACUCUUUAUUGGCCGCAUUCCGAAAUCGAUGAGCACUCGUGAGCUCGAAGGCAUCUUUAACAAGUACGGCAAGAUUACUCGCUUGGAUCUCAAGACCGAUUUCGGCUUUAUUGAGUUUGAGGAUAAACGUGAUGCUGAGGAUGCUAUGAAUCAAGUCAACGGAAAGGAACUUGUGGUGGAAUGGGCUCGAAAUGGUGGAAAACGUCCCAACGAGAAUGAAUGCUUCAACUGUGGUCGUGAAGGUCAUUGGGCCAAGGAUUGCCGUGAGAAACCACGUGAUGGACGUUAUCGCAACAAUGGCCGUGGAAGAUCCCCUCGUCGUGAUUAUGGGCGCGAUAGCAGAAGAGGCAAGGAUUAUGAUCGCCGUGACAGAGACCGGGAUUAUCGUCGUCGUGAUGAUCGAGAAGCCUCUCCUCGUCGUGGUGGUGGUGGUGGCGGCGGCGGUGGUGACAAUUACUAUGAUCGUCCUAGAAGGGAACGUCGUGACCGUGGUGGUGAUCGUAAUGACCGUGGCGACCGUAACGGGGAAAAGGACAGAUACGAUUCGAACAAUUAG